GCAUCACCAUGUCAGAGAAGAAGCAGCAGGUAGAUUUGGGUCUCCUGGAGGAAGACGACGAGUUCGAGGAGUUCCCUGCCGAAGACUGGGCUGGUUUAGAUGAAGAUGAAGAUGCACAUGUCUGGGAGGAUAAUUGGGAUGAUGACAAUGUAGAGGAUGACUUCUCUAAUCAGUUACGAGCUGAACUAGAGAAACAUGGUUAUAAGAUGGAGACCUCAUAGCAUCCAGAAGUGUUGAAGCAAUCUAAACUUGAACUGUUUAUUAAAUUCUAGGACAGAGAACCCAGAAUGGAACACUUAAAAAAUGUUUAUUUCAUUACCUGUUUGGAUUUAUUUUUGUUUUUGUAACAAAAAAAAAUAAAUGUUUUGAUCU